ACUUCAAAGAGUCACAAAUCACCCUUAAUCAAAAAGGGUGCAGAAAUUUUUUUUGGGCCCUCCCCGCCAUGAGCUCCUACGUAGCCAAUUCAUUCUAUAAGCAGAGCCCCAAUAUCCCUGCCUAUAACAUGCAAACUUGUGGGAACUAUGGAUCGGCCUCAGAGGUGCAGGCAUCCAGGUACUGCUACGGCGGAUUGGACUUAAGCAUCACUUUCCCACCGCCUGCGCCUUCCAACUCUCUCCACGGGGUAGACAUGGCUGCCAACCCCCGGGCUCACCCCGACCGCCCCGCCUGCAGCGCCGCAGCCGCUCCGGGACACGCUCUGGGCAGAGACGAAGCGGCUCCUCUGAACCCCGGGAUGUACAGUCAGAAGGCGGCUCGCCCAGCGCUGGAGGAGCGAGCUAAGAGCAGUGGGGAGAUCAAAGAGGAACAGGCGCAGACAGGGCAGCCCGCCGGACUGAGCCAGCCACCGGCCCCGCCACAGAUUUACCCGUGGAUGACCAAACUGCACAUGAGCCACGAGACGGACGGCAAGCGUUCCCGAACCAGUUACACGCGCUACCAGACUCUGGAACUCGAGAAAGAAUUCCACUUUAACCGCUACCUCACUCGCCGCAGGCGUAUAGAGAUCGCCAACAACCUGUGUCUCAACGAGAGACAGAUCAAGAUCUGGUUCCAGAACCGCAGGAUGAAGUGGAAGAAAGAUUCCAAAAUGAAAAGCAAAGAGGCUCUUUGAGGCCGCAGGAAGGAAGGCCCGCCCGCCCGCCCGCAGAGAGAACCCCCAACCCCUAAACCCCCAAGUCGGCUUUUGCUCCCUGCGCCUUUCCUUUUCGAUUUUCCUUUCUGUAUUUUGGAGGUGAAGGCUGGAGCCUUGGCUCCUGGGCCUCACAGACAAAAAGCAAUUCCCCCCCCCCCCCUUGGCAUUCCGUAUCCCCACUGACCCAGGGUUCCCACGGGGCUGCCCGAACUGUCCAUUUCCCAUCCACUCCACUGGGCACUGGAGGAGGGGGCCCAGGGCAUGUGUUGCAGGACUUGCCCAGGGGUCUGCAGGGCACGGUAGGCUGGUACCAAACGAACCUCAGCCUCAUCCGCCUACUCUGGCACCUAACCCUGCUCUGCCGGGGCCAGAGUUAAGGUGGGUCUGGUCAGUCACAGGCCCUUCACCCCGACCUCACCCUCUCCUUUGUUUCUGGCUAGGCGGACAGGGCAGCUGCAACCUGGUGAGCGAGUGGUUGUACCUGGCAGAGUCUAUGGCCUGAUUUGGGGGGUACUUAUAGUAACUAAAGUCCUUCACUUAUUAAGAAUUUGCAUACGAAAGGGGGAGGUGAGUAGAUGUGGGCCUAGGCCCUGGAGCUUCCCUAUGCUGUCUUAACCUUCUUCUCACCC